AUGAAGAAUAAACCAGGUUUCGCAACCCGAAGAGGGGUUCCAAGCAACACCGAACAGAGGAUUGCAACGAACAAACCUGAGGAGCUACAUGAGAACACACCGGAGCUAUCAACCAAUAGGAAGCCCGGAAAUCUAAAUGACAGAAUUGUCACACCCUCGACGAAUAUAACGAAUAAACAAAGAAAUAGGAAAUAUAAUAAACAAAUUUCCAACAAUAAUGCAAAUAAUAACAGUCGAGAGAAUAAUCCAUGCAAAGAGCAAUAUAAAACGCGUGCCAGAAGAUUCUGGAUCGCGCGUGCGCGUCAAACUGGAGGGGGAAGCAGACAAGAAGAUCCUUCAGCCAUGUUGACAGCAGUCGAAACCUAUCUUUCACGAAAAGCAGACGUACAGAGGAAGAAUAAAAAGUGCGCUGGAUUAAAAAGUGAAAGUGAAUUAGCAAGAUUGUUAAAAAUGUCCUACCGUACAUACGAAGAAGCUCGAGAAGAAGAGUUAACACUUCUGGAAGAAUUACGCAGAAGGAAUAAGGACAUACAUUACGCAGAAGAAUGCGAGAAACGAAUAUCAAUUCUUAAGAAAUUGAUACAAGAGAUUCCUAAAAUUAGAGAGGAAGAUAGACAAGCAUUCGAGGAAGAAGAACACGAGCAAGCCAUUAAGACAUCACAAGCGGUGCAUGACUUGCAUAAGAUUUCAGCAAAAGGACUAUACGUAAGCGAUAGGUUUACAGUCCGGGAUAAAAACGAAAGUGAGAUAUGUGACGUAUCUCUAACAAUGGCGACACUAGAUGAUGAAAUUACAACAGAUGGAAAGAGAAAGAAAUUCAGAAUCAUCCUAGAUGUGUCGGACGAUGGAAAGAUUAAACAGAUCAAAGCAAGAGAAGGACAAAUAAUAGAAGGCGAAAACAGCAUGACAGAAGAGAAGGAAAGUACACCGUCCACUUUAAGGAAAAGAAAAGCUGAGCGUCUCAUAAUUAAAGCAAUUGAUCAAGUGGUGCAAAAGAAAGAAACACCAAGAAAAACAAUGAAAGGUACAACAAAACAAAGAGCUGAAAACAUGGAAAAUUCUCCAUUUAACGAAGAACUAAGACAAGUCUUAUCACCAAUCGAAAACAGCCGUCAGGAACCCAAUGCAGACCAGAGGACGAGUACUCCGGAAAGUGGUACCCACGACGAGCAGACAACUCAACGGACUCUUCGAACUAAAGGUGCCUUUACAUGGGAGCGACGAGCGUCGAGCGUCGAGCGUCGAAAUGCGCAGAAGAUUAUUGCGCAGCUUGACGCAGCUUCUUGA